AUGGCUCUGAAACUAGAGGACCCAGAACUGAAUGCUAGUUUUGUCUUUACUAGUUUCACAGGGAACAGAAAAAUCUCCAUGGAAGAAGGUAGAAAUUAUACCUCAGUGGUCAUGUUUGUUCUCCUAGGUCUCACAGAUGACAAAAAGUUGCAGUUUAUUCUCUUUCCAUUCUUCCUGGGAAUCUAUCUUGUGACUUUAUUCUGGAACCUUAGCCUGAUCAUCCUAAUCAAAAUGGAUUCACACCUGCACACACCCAUGUACUUUUUUCUCAGUUUCCUUUCAUUCAUAGACAUCUGCUAUUCUUCUUCCAUCAGCCCAAGAAUGCUUUCAGAUUUUCUCAAAGAUGAAAAAAUAAUUUCCUUCUUUGCCUGUGCCACCCAGUAUUUUGUUGGGUGUUGGAUGGCUCUGACAGAGUGUUGCCUCUUGGCUGCCAUGGCUUAUGACAGAUACGUGGCUAUUGGGAAUCCACUACAGUACUCAACUAUCAUGGCGCCUGGGCUCUGUCAAAAGAUGGUUGUGGGAGCCAUCGGGAGUGGUUUCUUUAAUAGUUUAAUUCAAACGAUCUCUGGCUUUAAUCUCCACUAUUGUAAAUCCAAUAUCAUAGAGCAUUUCUUCUGCAAUUUACCCCAGAUUAUAACCUUGUCUUGCUCUAGUCCCUUCAUCACUCAAAUGAUUCUUUUUCUGGAAGCUCUAAUAGUUGAUUUGGGUUCCUUAUUCAUUAUCCUGCUAUCCUAUGGUUUCAUUACAGCUUCUAUCCUAAAAAUAUCUUCCAUCAAGGGCAGUGUGAAGGCCUUCAAUACCUGUGCCUCCCACCUGGCAGUGGUAGCACUUUUCUAUGGCACAGCCCUGGCUGUGUAUAUGAGUCCUAAUUCUGACCACCCAAAGAAACACGACAAGGUGCUGUCUGUGUUCUAUGUAAAUGUGAUCCCCAUGCUAAAUCCUCUCAUCUAUAGUCUGAGAAACAAGGAGAUCAAAGAGGCCCUCAAGAGGACGAUGAAGAGGAUGAGACAUGUACCUCAUUAG